AUGAUGGACAAGGGCCACUGCAGAUUCGACAUUGACGCCGACGGCUGCGAGUACGCCGACUUUUACGACUCGUCCACCGACUCGGAGGCGGACAGCGACGUCGAGGGGACGGACGACAUCGAGGCCGCGAACACCAAGACGGAAAACACGGCAGCCGACCCGGACGAGAAAUGGCUCCGCCUGCCGUCGGGCCGCAUCAUCUACAACCGCGCCGGGCCGUCAGCCAGUUCCCGGCCCCGGCGGACCCGAGCGCGUUCUGCAGACCAGAGUCCCGGGCUGCUCCAGGGCGGGGGUCCCGACGCGCGAGAAGCGCAGGCGCCGUCGUCGAGAUCGAAUGGCGGCAGCGGCGGCAGCAGCAGCAGCAGCAGCUCAAACGACAACAAGCUCGCGCUCUCCAAAGCCGACAGGCGCGUCGACGCCAUCGAGAAGCAGUUCGCCAGCCUCCGCUCCAGCGACCAGCUCGCCCUCGCGCACCUGGCGCCGUCGGAGCGGCGGGCCGUCGUGGCCAUGCAGCAGAGGGAGACGGAGAGGCUGGGCAGGGUCGAGAACAGGUACCGGCUGCGGGUGGAGGGGCUGGGGAACGUGUUUUUGAUGACGCAUUUCAGGAAGGACGCGGCGGAUAAGAGGACUUUGUAUCGGUGA